AUGAGAAACGUUCGCGACCUUGCUCUCCUUGCCCUCGUGCUGGGCGUCUCAGCCGAGUCUCUUCAAACCAACAAGCGCACAGGCCUUGACCUCCUCCUCGGCGGAGGUGGUUCGGUCUCUAUCGGAGGAUCCGCCUCAGGCUCUACCUCUGCGGGAGUUGGUGUCAUCACAAAUGCUCUUGGAGGCUGCAAAGCCAAGGUGUCCACCUGCAACAGCGCUAUCCUCGGCCUAAGCGCCGGUGCUGAUCUGAGCGCUUCCAUAUCUGCUUUGGCCGAUGUCCUGGCCACUAUCAAUGCCGCCGUUGGCACCUGCAACGUUGCUGGCUCCAUCAGCCUCACCGACUUCAUCGGUCUUUCCGCAGACCUGACUGGCUUCGCAUCAGCCUGUGCUAGUCUUUUUGCCGACAUCCAGGGUAAAAUUGACGUUGUUUCUGGCCUGAACGGCUGCUCUGUAUACGGCGACGCCCUUGUAGAUAUCCAAGCAUCCGCAGGUGCUCUGUUUGAUGCUAUCAUUGCUAUCACCGCCGAUCUCAACCUCGGCGCCAGUGUCAGCAUCGGCGGUCUCUUCGGUGCCGGUGCCAGCCUCAAUCUGGGUUCACUGGGUGUUAGCGCUGGGGUCGAGGGCAUCCUGUCCAUCAUCUCUGGCAUUGCUGGCAACGUCGGUACUUGUGUUUCGGCCUAUGCUAGUGGCACCUGUGUCAACUCUGGUGCUGGCGCUGGCGUGAGCGCAAGUCUCGGUGGCGAGAUUACCGCCACCGCUGAUAUCAGUGGGGGUGCUUCUGCCACAGCUGUUAUUACCAUCGGCGCCGGCGGCUCUGGUUCCGGUUCUGGUUCCGGCACCGGCGCCAUCACGGCUACAGGUGGCAUCGGCGCCAGUGCGACAGAUGCUGUCACCGUUUCUGCUGGUCUUGGAGGCGGCGUUGGUGGCGGAAUUAGUGGCGGAAUCGGUGGUGGGGCCAGUGCAACAGAUGCUGUUACUGCCUCUGCGGGUUCUGGUGCUGGAAUCGGCGGUGGUGCUGGUGGCUCCGGGGGCGUUACAGCCACUGCAACUCUAGGUGGCGACGCUGGGGUAACUGCAACCGUCGGCGAAGGAGCCGGAGCUACUUUGUCCGUUGGUGCCGGGGGUGAAGGCAGUGGGUCUGGUUCCGGAUCCGGUAGCGGAUCUGGUUCUGGCAACGGUUCUGGCUCCGGAUCUGGUAUUGGCAACGGCGGUGGUGCUGGUGGCUCCGGGGGCGUUACAGCCACUGCAACUCUAGGUGGCGACGCUGGAGUAACUGCAACCGUUGGCGAAGGAGCUGGAGCUACUUUGUCUGUUGGUGCCGGGGGUGAAGGCAGUGGGUCUGGUUCCGGAUCCGGUAGCGGAUCUGGAUCUGGCAAUGGUUCCGGCAAUGGUUCUGGAUCUGGAUCUGAUAACGGUAGCGGUAACGGUGGCUCCAGUGCUUCUGCCACCGAUGCAGUCUCGACUACCGCAAGCUCCGUCCCUCACUCUGGUAACGGCAGCGGCAACAGUGGUGUCACUGCUACUUACGUCGAAUCCGGUGCCGCAUCUGCUACCGGAGCUGAGUCUGGCAUCCCCACCGUCACUGGCGCCGCAGACUAUACUACUAGCACCAUCUACAGCACUCGUACCUACAGCAUUACCUCUUGCGCUGCCUCUGUCACAGACUGCCCCGCUCUUGGCUCAACCACCACUGAAAUUGUCGCAGUCUCUACUACUGUGUGUCCCGUUGCUGCUACAGAGUCUGGUGCAUCUCCCAAGCCUACCACUACUGAGAUUCCUGCCGACUUCACAACCAACACGAUUUACAGCACAAAGACCACCACCAUUACUUCAUGUGCUCCCGAGGUUACUGACUGCCCCGUUGGCAAGACCACUACUGAGGUCGUCGCUGUCUCGACUAGUGUUUCCCCUGUCACAAAGACUGAAGGUCGGCCGGGCUACAGCACUUCGGCCAACGAUGCCGUUUCGGCAUCUGCUAGUAGCGUAUCGCCUUCCAAGAGCGCUGGUGCUAAUUCUGGCUCCAACUCCGGCUCCAACUCUGGAUCUGGAUCUGGUGCCGGUUAUCCCGCCAUUAGCCAGUCGUUCGCAGUUUCCGCUACUGAUGCUAUCGGUGUCAGUGCAUCCACUCAAGCGACCACUUUCUCGACUCUCCUUGCCACUGCCUCGGGAUACCCCGUUGCUGGUUCUGGCUCUGGCUCUGGUAGCUCUGUCUCCAACGCCGCACACUAUCCUACUACCACCACAACUGGCAACAGUGGUGUCUCUUCAAACACCACUGCUACCGCUAGACCUACUUCUACCUUCGUCACCGCUGGCUCUUCUGCAGUGCAGGCUGUUACCGCUAUGUUCGGUGUCGUCGCUAUCACUGCGGCAAUGAUGAUGCUAUAG